AUGCCGAACCGAACCGCGCAGGAGUGGGUCCGCUUGUCCCUGCGCACCCCGGGCAUCCUGAUCUUCGGGAUGGUCCUGGUCCCCUGCGGCUGGAUCCUGAACCUGGUCGCCACGGUGGCCCCGAACUGGAGGACCCUCAACGAGCUCCCCAACUCCCCGCCGAGCGAGUACAUCGAGCAGGGCAUCUGGGACAUCUGCAGGACCAGCCCGUCCUCCGUGCGGCCGGUGUGCGGCCUGGAGGACACCACGUACUUCGGCAACGAGGUGAUCGAGCCGGCCCAGGGGCUGAUGGUCGCCUCCCUCAUCGUGGCCAUCAUCGGCAUGUGUGUGGCCAUCCCGGGGGUCCGCUGCUGGAAGCCCGAGCCCAACUGGACGGUGGCCGGCAUGGGGGGGCUGCUCUUCUUCCUGGCGGGCGUCAUGACCAUCAUCCCCAUCGCCUGGUACACCCACGUCCUGGAGGAGGUCGCCACGCUGAGCCCGACCAUCAACGUGAAGGUGGGCUACUGCAUCAUCCUGGGCUACAUCGGCGGGAUCUUCCAAAUCGUGGGGGGCUUCGUCAUGUUCAUCGGCAUCUGUCGCUGCUGCGGCGGGAAGAACCGAGGCGAGAGGCGGGUGGAGGACGUGGUGGGCCCGCAGUUCCGAUCCAAGCCGCCGCCGAGACCCGUCAUCGUGCCGAGCCUGAGCCGCCCGGACCGGAGCAGCGGCGGCAGCAGCAGCGUGCCCUACUCCCGGAACUCCAUGGACGAGGAUGUGUCCUUCCCCCGGGCCAAGAGCCCCGCGGUCCGGACAGACAACAGCUCGUACGGCGGCAGGCCCUACGAUGCUGACCUGUGA